AUGGUUUUGUGCAUAGGUCCAGAAAGUUCUGGAAAAACCCUUUUGCUAAAGAAAAUUCAAGACCCCAAUUACGUGGAUAAUACAACCACAGCCAUACCAACUGUGGGCACAAACAUAUUAAACUUGAAAAUCGAAGACAAAAUUUAUACUAUUCGAGAAAUAGGAGGUUCUUUGGCAUCUAUAUGGAGCAAGUAUUUUGAAAACGUUGGAAAGGUAAUGUAUGUCAUAGAUGCAUCGAACCUAUGCCAAAUAUCAGCCGCUGGUGUACUCUUGUACACUGUUGUAGCUCAUCCAUUACUAAAAAACGCCAGGUUUUUGAUAGUUUUGACAAAGAUGGACUCAAGUUAUCGUCAGAUGCGUAACGAAGCACUGCUGAUGCUUCAGAUGAAGAGACUGCAGAGAGAAAUACAGCAAAAAAUUACAAUAAUCGAAGCCAGUGCUAUUAACGGUUUAGGUAGAAACGACAUUUUGAAAUGGAUAGUGGAAAGCUGAGAAAAUGAAUUUUAAUUGUUUCUGCGUUGUAGAGAUUUGAUUAGUGUGAUAAAUAAAAAUGAAU